CAUUGCUAAACGUAUACAAUGAGUUUUAUAUUUAAUUAAUCAAAAAGGAUUUAUUUUAGCUGAAAAUAUAAUAACCAUGUCGCGAAUAAUAGUAAAACAGCUGCCAAAGAAUAUCGGGGAAGAAAAGCUCCGAAAUCUCUUUGGUACGAAAGGCACUAUUACCGAUAUGCAACUAAAAUACACACCAGAUGGAAAAUUCCGUCAAUUCUGUUUCAUAGGAUAUCGUAGUGAAGAGGAGGCUCAGGAAGCAAUUAAAUAUUUUAAUAACACAUGCAUACAAACAAGCCGUAUUAAGGUUGAGUUAUGUGCCGCCCUUGGCAGUGAUGAUAAGCCCCAAGCGCGAAGUAAAAGUGCCAGAAAAGCUGAGGCAGAAAAAGUUCAAAUGGAAUCGCAAAAAGAAAUGCAUGAAAAGAAGAAUAACAAAAAGGUCUCAAGUUUGGAUGAAAUUAUGGGCAAACAUAAGGAUGAUCCAGAUUUUCAAGAGUUCAUGAAAGCACAUGAUAAUAAGCGUACUUUAUGGGCAAACGACGCUGGUGAAAUUUCGCAACCGAACGAGGAAGUGGAAGAUCCUGACGAGGAAGUACACACUAAAACAAAAGAAAAUGAAGAUGAUGAAGGGAAUGUAAAGAAUGAGGGAGAAGAGAAUGAUGAGAAAUUAGCAGAAAAACCAAUAAGUGAUCUGGACUAUAUGAAAAAUCUUAUGGAAAAAUCAACAUCGACAACAGAAAGUAAAAAAGGUAAAACGAAAGCAUCACUUGAUUUGUUCACCAUUAAGAUUCACAAUGUGCCAUACAAGACUAAACGCCCAGAAAUUUUGAAAUUCUUUAAACCUUUAAAGCCAUACUCUGUACGCUUACCAACAAAUGUUCAUGGAUUUUGCUAUGUCGGAUUCAAAACAGAAAAAGAAAUGGCAAAAGCAAUGCUUAAGAAUAAAAGUUUCGUCAAAGGAAAGCAAGUAUUUUUCUCUGAUUUUACUGAGAAAAAUAAAAUAACCAAAUCAAAAGGAGAGAAGGGCGAGAAAACAACAGAUCUUCAUAAAUUAGAGCCUACUCAUCCUAAAUGGAUUCAACAAGAACAGAGCAUACAAAAUGAGGAAGACAUCGCUGAAUCUGGACGAAUUUUCUUCCGCAACUUAGCUUAUACCGUGACAGAAGAUGAACUCCAAAAGUUGUUUGAAAAAUUCGGACCCAUUGCUGAUAUAAACUUGCCCGUGGAUGCCGUAACCCGUCAAAUAAAAGGUUUCGGUACCGUGACAUUUGUUAUGCCAGAACACGCGAUGCAGGCGUUCAACAAAUUGGAUGGCAUAGAUUUUCAUGGAAGAUUACUGCAUCUCAUACCAGGAAAAAGUAGGGAUGAAGACCAGAAAGAUCACGAAGAUAACCCAGCUUUGUCAUUUAAGCAAAAGAAAGCUUUAAAACUGAAAAAAUCCGCACAACAAUCUGUGAAUUGGAAUACCUUGUUUUUAGGUGCAAAUGCAGUCACAGAAAUUUUAGCAAGACGUUUUAAUACAACCAAAGAAAAGGUUUUAGACACCAGUGAUGGUGGUUCAAGUGCUGCUGUUCGCAUUGCCUUAGGAGAAACGCAAAUCGUAAUUGAAAUGAAAAAUUUUCUCGAAGAAAAUGGAGUUCGUCUAAGUGCAUUCGAUUCGCCCAAAGAAAAGCGUUCUAAAACCAUUAUCUUGGCGAAAAAUUUACCUGCUGACACAACGGUUGCCGACUUAACGCCAAUUUUUGCGAAAUUUGGGCCAAUAGGUCGAAUCGUUCUGCCUCCCAGUGGUGUCACGGCUCUAAUAGAAUAUUGUGACCCUUCGGAGGCAAAACAAGCCUUCAAAAAAUUAGCAUACAGCAAAUUUAAAAAUGUACCACUAUAUUUGGAAUGGGCACCGGAGCAAUCAUUUACGACAACACUAAAUGGCGAAACAAUAAUUCAAAAACAAGAAGAGGAAAGCAAAACUGAACCUGAAAAGGACCAAAAAACAAUCCAAGAAAUCGAUAAUGUUAAAAAUGAGGGUGAUGAUAAUGAAGACGAUUUAACCAAUGAGGCUCCAGAACCUAAUACAACACUAUUUCUACGCAAUCUAAAUUUCAAAACAAUACCCGAAACAAUAAAAGAUCAUUUCAAACACUUAGGAGCAAUACACACUAUAGAAGUAGCAAAGCGGAAAGACCCCAAAAAUCCACGAAGCUUAGUCUCAAUGGGUUACGGUUUCAUACAAUUUAAACUGGCUGAGGCAGCAGAAAAGGCACUGAAGAAAAUGCAAUUCACGAAAAUCGAUGGCAAUGAAGUAGAAUUAAAGCGCAGCGAUCGAAUCUUGAAAACACCGUCAAAUAUCUCCCGAAAACCGGUGGUGACAACAAAUCAAACUGGCUCAAAAAUAAUUGUACGCAAUAUACCUUUCCAGGCAAAAGAAAAGGAAGUACGCGAAAUAUUCAAAGCAUUUGGCGAGCUUCGUUCUGUACGCUUGCCAAAGAAAAUGACCCCAGGUGCUGACUCACAUCGAGGUUUUGGUUUUGUUGACUUUAUUACCAAAAGUGAUGCAAAAAAGGCAUUCGACGCACUCAGUCAGAGCACACAUUUAUAUGGACGCCGUUUGGUGCUGGAAUGGGCAUCUGUAAAUGGCGAAGAUGUAGAAGAAAUCCGCAAACGUACUGCAGCUGACUACUAUGCCAGUGAAAAAGAUGUCAAGCGAAGUCGAAAAGCUGUGUUCAAUGCUGAUGAGCAUUUGGCUGCGGCUGACGAAGACGACGAAUAGACAGUAAAAGGCAUGUCACAAUUCAAAUUACUUCAAUAAGUAUGUUUAGUAAUAAUAUAUUUUUUGUAUAACUGCACUACAAAAUACAUAUGUUCGUAUGUAGAUAAACUAUAAAGUAAAUAAGCAUGUAUAAUUUUACAUAAAGGUAAAAAAUAAAUUAAAUUGUUUUAGCCUACGUCA